AUUCCUACGCUUAUAAAUUUAAGCAUUUGUUGUCUAAAGUUGAUGCUGAUAAAGGCAUUCCGGCUCCUUACGUCAUGAGGAUGUUCCUAAAAAGGCUUCGAGGAAACAUUGCGGUGCUUUUGUCUUUGGCGGAACCAAAUAAUCUUGACAAUGCUAUUGUAAUAGCCCGGAGGAUUGAAGCAGAGGAUAAGAAUUACGUUAAAAGUGAGGUUUUGGCUAAUGACCAAGCCCGGCGACAUGAACUAGAAGAGCAGCCCCAAGAACCAUUGCCAAUGAAUGAAGAGCCGUAUAUUUCAGAGGAGCCAACUGUGACUCGCUCUAAGUAUAGAAAGAGACCAUCUAGGGUGGAUAACCUUGAACCAUAUAAUGUUGUUCAAGACUUGUUAAAUACUAAGUUUAGUGUCACUAUAGAGCAAAUGUUAAAAUACCCUAACCAAUGCCGUAAUCUUGUACAAGCUCUUCGUCGUCCUAGGUUACCUGUGGAGACUAAUUAUGCCCAACCCAAAGAAAAUUUGAGGACCACAGCCGCCCGGUGUUAUAUAAAAAUUAGAGAAAAUCCAGUAGUUGCAAUCCUGGACACUAGUGCAGCUGUUAGUUUA